AUGGAGAAGAAGCUGGACGGCGCCGAGCCGGUGGGGACGAAGGAGAAGUGGAAGCGGCACUCCAUCUUCCGCGUGCCGCACCAGUUCAAGGCGGUCCACGGCAAGGUGUUCGCGCCGCAGACGGUGGCCCUGGGCCCCUUCCACCACCACGACGCCGCCCUGCGCCCCAUGGAGGAGCACAAGCUCAGGGCCGUCCGGCGCCUGCUCCGGCGAGCCGGCGACAGGCCGCUGCGCGAGCUCGCCGCCGCCGUGGGGGACAUGGCCGAGGAGCUGGAGGACGCGUACGCGGGGCUGGGCGCCGAGUGGCGCGGCGGGAACAGGGGCAGGUUCCUGGAGAUGAUGGUCGCGGACGGCUGCUUCCUGCUGGAGGUGAUGCGGAGGAAGUUCAAGGACUACGACCCGGAGGACCCUGUGUUCGGCGAGCACGCCGGGAAGCACAUCGCGGCGUUCGUGCAGCGGGACAUGCUCAUGAUCGAGAACCAGCUGCCGCUGGCCCUGCUCCGGAGGAUCGUCGCCGUCGAGAGCGGAAAACUUCCGGACGAGCGUUCGAUCAACAACCUAGUGGCCGAGUUCCUCUGCGAGGACGGUUGGUGUGCCACCGAGGUAGGUUCGCGACUCGGGCUUCACCCUCUCGACGUCUACCGCCGGAGCCUUCUCCGGCCUUGGCCGUUGCCGUCCAGACAAGAGGGGCAGAGAACCUACUGUUGCUUUCCGACAAUAGGGGGAGCAGCAAGGGCCUGUCAGCAGCAUUGCAGUUCUUGUUGUCUUCCAACAAGAUCAGAGACAGGAGCAGCGCCGCCGUCGCCCCGCUCCCGUGGCGCACCCACAGCGGCGUCGGCGUCGCGCCCCCCACCUCUGCCCCCGCGCUCGGCGCAGAGGCUCUGGGAAGCGGGCAUCCGGUUCAGGCGCAGCGAGACGCGCCUCCUCGACGACAUCCGCUUCGACAGGUGCACGCGCAGGCUGAGGAUGCCCAAGAUCAUCCUGGACGACUCCACCGAGUACAAGUUCAGCAACCUGAUGGCGUUCGAGGCGCUGCACGCCGGCGCCGGGAGCGGCGGCGUGACGGCGUUCGUGCUGUUCCUGAGGGACAUGGUCGACUCCGCGGGCGACGUGGCGGCGCUGCGCGAGGGCGGGGUCCUCGACCACGACCUCGCCGGCAGCGACUGGGCCGUGGUCAGGCUGGUCAACCGCCUGAGCAGGGACGUGGCCAAGUUCAGCGACAGCUACCUGUGCUGCGUCCGCCGUGAGGUUGAGGACUACUGCAACGGCGACAAGUGGCGCGUCUUCGUCUUCAAUUCGUGGGCCAAGCUCAAGGGCACCUACCUGUCGAGCCCCUGGGCGUUCAUCGCCCUCGUCGUCACCAUCUGGCUCGUCGGCACCGACAUGACCCAGACGCUGUACGCCGUCGAGACCUACGAGCGUGAAUAUGGAGGAAACGCCACCAAGAGCCCCUGA